AUGGCCUUCGGAUUUGCCGGCUCCCUUGCGAGUAUGCUGUUUGUGUUUAUCGCCCCGCCCGUUUUUAUACUCGGUUCGAUUCUCGUGGUUGUCGGCGUGACUUGCCUCGGAUCCUCUUUCGUCGUUCUCAAUUCGUUCCUCCCAGUGCUGGUCGCCAAUGACCCUUCCCUCCAAGACGGCAAGGCGAAUGAAGGUGCAGAGUUGUCGAACUUGAACCGAGACGAUGAAGGGUCAGAGUGGAAUGCGUGGGGAGAUGAAGAUAAUGAUAGCUUGGACGGACUUCAGCCAUCGCACCAACCCGACCGCUCGCCGGAAGAGGGCCAGAGAGUUCGAACUCCUCCAUCCUCCUCGCCGGAGCUCCAGUUGUCCACCAAGAUCUCGUCGCGGGGUAUCGGUCUUGGGUAUUGUGCGGCACUUUUUGUACAAAUCAUCAGUAUAAUUAUGCUCAUCACACUGUCCAAAACCUCUCUUGUCAAAGUGUCUGCUACGCUUCCCAUGCGCUUCGUUUUGCUCUUGGUAGGCAUCUGGUGGGGUGCAUUCACACUGGUCACCGGUCGUUUGUUGAAGACUCGACCGGGACCUUCGCUCGACAACAUAUCCACUCAGGGUGCUGCGCGCUGGCGAGCCUGGCUUCGAUUGAUGGGUUUUGCGUGGAAGUCCUUGUGGCAGACCGUUCAAGUUGCUAUGAAGCUGCGGGAGAUUCUCAUCUUCCUCGUGGCAUGGUUCUUGCUGUCGGACGCCAUCGCUACCGUUUCCGGAACGGCGAUUUUGUUCGCGCGCACGGAGCUCAAGCUGAGCACGCCACUCGUGGGGCUUCUUUCCAUCACAGCGACCGUGUCGGGCAUGGCGGGUGCGUUCUUGUGGCCCCGGGUAUCGCGAUACUUCGGCCUGCAAUCAAACCACACCAUCAUUGUCUGCAUUUUUCUGUUCGAGAUUGUCCCACUCUAUGGGCUGUUGGCCUACAUCCCAUUCAUCAAGAACUGGGGGGUCAUCGGGCUCCAACAGCCAUGGGAGAUUUUCCCGCUCGCCAUCGUACAUGGCGUUGUGUCCGGUGGCCUGGCAUCUUAUUGCCGAUCGUUCUUUGGUUUGCUGAUCCCGCCCGGGAACGAGGCUGCAUUUUACGCCCUCUACGCUGCGACUGACAAAGGAAGCUCCUUCAUUGGUCCGGCGAUUGUGGGUGUUCUGGUGGAUGCGACCGGUCAAGUCCGGAGCGGCUUUUUCUUUAUUGCAAUUCUCAUCCUUCUGCCAAUUCCUUUGAUCUGGCUCGUCAAUGCGGACAAGGGUCGUCGCGAAGGUUUAGCUAUGGCGGAGACCCUUAAGUCACAUGGACCGGACGAUGCCCAGGAGGCGGAGGGUCUUUUGGCGCAUCAUGACUAA